GAACAUUGAAAAUGCAAGAAGUGAUUUAUAACACUCAAUAAAAACUCCGAUUUCUCUGGGACUAAACCAUAAUCAGUGAUGAGAAUACGUUAGGAUGCAAAAGGAAAGACCCAGUAUGGCGCAAAGGACGCCGGGUAGAGACUAUGAUGGAAAAAUAGCUGGUUUAUACGACCUCGAAGAGACUAUUGGUCGUGGACAUUUUGCUGUUGUGAAACUGGCCAGACAUGUCUUCACUGGAGAAAAAGUGGCUGUCAAAGUUAUUGAUAAAACGAAACUAGACGAAGUGUCAAAGGCUCAUUUGUUCCAGGAAGUCCGGUGUAUGAAAUUAGUUCAACACCCUCAUGUGGUGCGUCUGUAUGAAGUCAUCGACACGCAGACAAAACUGUACUUGGUGUUGGAAUUGGGGGACGGUGGCGACAUGUACGAUUACAUCGUGAAACAUGACGGCCUGGAUGAGAACCUCUCGAGGCAAUACUUCAAACAAAUUGUUCAGGCGAUAUCGUAUUGCCAUAAACUUCACGUUGUUCACAGGGAUCUGAAACCAGAGAACGUUGUUUUCUUUGAAAAGCAAGGAAUUGUCAAAUUGACGGAUUUUGGCUUCAGUAACAAAUUUGUUCCCGGAAAAAAGCUGGAAACAUCCUGUGGCUCCCUUGCGUACUCGGCUCCAGAGAUCCUACUGGGAGACUCUUAUGAUGCUCCCGCUGUUGAUGUGUGGAGUCUAGGGGUGAUCUUAUUCAUGUUGGUCUGUGGGAAGCCUCCGUUUCAGGAGGCAAAUGAUAGCGAGACACUGACCAUGAUCAUGGACGUCAAGUACAGACUGCCUGAACAUAUAUCAACAGAGUGUAAAGACCUGGUGUCUUUAUGCCUGCGUCGAGAACCCUCUCAUCGAGCAAACCUUCAUGAUAUCUUGCAACAUCCAUGGCUUAACUCCGGUGAACACCCGGUCACAAAUGUCUCUGCAAUAGCUCUCAUGCCCUUGAUAUCGAUGGAAUCUAUAUCUAGUGAGGACCAUAAGAAAAUUAUACAAAAAAUGGUAGAUGGAAAGAUCGCUUGGAAAGAGGAUAUUCUCAAGUCAUUAGAAACUGAUGAAUACAACCACAUCACUGCCACAUACUACCUUCUCGCUGAGAGGAUGCUACGACGCCAGCAAGAACUUGCCAAUCACUCCCAGGGAGGAUACCAGCAAUUACGGAAACAGUCAGCACCCAAUCCCAAGAUGAAAUUGGAACCAUUGGCUUUAUCACCAAGAGUGAAACCCCGUGCGUUAUCCCAGCAGAUCGUCCUUCCCAAGAACCCCCUCUUGAUUGUGGACAGUCCCGAUGACGGCGGCUCUGACUCAGAGCACGAGCAUGAUGAGCGAAUGAGAAUGAGUUUUGGGGCUUGCAGGAACCCUGUCAUCCAAGGGAUAAAAGAAGAAAUUAACCAAUCUGAGAUGUUCAAGACGGGUAAUGUGGUGAACUCAUUGGUCUCUCCACUAGGGAUCCGCCCAGGCUUGCCAGGGGACAAGGUUAUGGAGGAACUGCAGGUGCCCAGCGUGGUAUGUACCGCAGAUGAUGAGUACAAUCUGCGACGAUGUAGCCUGAUCAAGGAGGAAUCGGAAGGCGAUGAUGAAUAUGACGAUAUUGAUAGCACGCUGCAUGUAGUCUGGUCAACGAAAUCUCUUGAAAAGGAAGAGCUUAUGGUUCAAGAUGAUGAUGAUUUGUUAGUGGCGCCAUCUGGUGGCUCGCCGGCGAGUUCGAGUGCAGCUGUGACAAUAAGUCGUAAACCGCACCCGUCGAACCGGCCGCUGCAUGCCGUACGGAGCUCACCGCAGCUGUUGAAUCAGAUAAGUGAGGAAUGUGAGUCGGAUGAUGACGAUCCGAUACCACCAAAGUUGGGCUCACCUUGUAUGCUCAGUCGUAAGACGUUAGAUUCGCCUGACAUGUUGCGCAAGUUUGAGCGGCGGAGAAAGGCUCGGUAUUCUCCGACGGGGGUUCAACGGGGGACAAGUUGUAGUAGUUCUGACGCUAGUGAUAAUGAUGAAGAGACUCAGAAACGCAAAGAGAAACUGAAGCAGAAGUUUUAUCGGCGGGAUAGUAGUGAUACAAGUGAUAAUGAUGGACCAGGGGGAUCUGGGGGCAGCAAUGAUGGUGGAGGGGGCAAGAGUUCUCGGGGGGAUUCACAUCAAGACCAUGACAGGGGUGGAAGGCGGGACGAUGACCAGGGUGGUAGGAGCAGGAAAGGUUCAAAUGGCUCAAAUAGUCGGCAGGGCAGUAAAAAGAGUGGCGGGAGUAGCCGCCAGCAUAGCAUUGAGCAACCGCAGGGGUCUGAAACGGUAGUCAAGGGAGACGAGGCAUGUAAUGGUUUCCAGAAGGAAGUGAUGCGUAAAAUAAGUAACCUGAGUACAUCUUCCAACAUGUCUUGCAAUAGUGUAUCGAGCAGCACUACAAGUCGCACCAGUAGUAAAUAUGUCGUGGACUCUAAUUGUAGUACACCGAGGAAUGGCUCGCGUCCUGAGGUCCUCACCUUGAACGAGCUCAACAAGGUCAAGACGCGAGUGUUUCACAUGAGCGCUAAAGACUUCAGUGACAUUAGUGACCCAGUCAGCCGGGAAAACAGCAUCAAAGGAGAUAAUGGGUCGUUAUGUUCGUUUGAAUGUCCGAACAAUCCAGAGAAAGUGCGCCGACGGUCCAAGCAACGCAUCAAAACUGAUAUUAAUAGUAAUGGCUUAAUAAUGGAGUCUGGGAGCCCUCUCAAUGGGGGCCUGGAGGACAAGACCAAGUCAAAGUGUUGUAGUGUUAUCUGA